AUGAGAGAUCACUUUACGAAAUUUAGCUGGGCGAGAGCAGCGAAGCAGAAAACAUCGGAGAAUGUUGUAAAUUUUCUUUACGACAUAUUUUUAAUGUUUGGACCGCCGGUAAUAAUCCCGUGUGAUAACGGAAAGGAAUUUUCUGGUCUAACCAAAAAACUUUGUGAUUUGUGGCCAAAUCUGAAAGUUAUCCAUGGUCGACCGCGUCACCUACAAUCGCAAGGUAUGAUCAAACGGGCUAAUGGUAUCCUGGAGACUAAAAUCGCCAGGACCGGACGAAUUGGUAUAACAGAAGAGAUAUUGGCUGAGGGUAUCAUUGAAAUUGAAAGUAACGAUGAGAUUAGAAGUAACAAUGGGAUUGAAAGUAACGAUGAAAUUGAAAGCGACGAUGAGAUUAGAAGUAACAAUGGGAUUGGAAAUGCUUCUGCUGCAGAUGAGACAGAAGGUAUGGAUAUAGACGUCAGGGAAACACACGCAGAGUUUGAUGACUUUUCAGACAGCGAAAGUGAUAUUGCUGGAAAACCGUUCAUCCGUCUUGAUCAAAAUGGUCUGAAAGUGUCACGGAUCAUAGGGCUAGAUAUUAAGAUACGCGUAAAGAAUAAAAUGAACAUAGGGACUUUUUUUGCCAAUUCAACGAAAUUGGUUGAAGAAUCACAACAUUUCCGUGGGUUGGUAAAAGGCGCGGACAUGGCCAAGGAAGAAGGCUGUAAAGUUAUAGAGAUCGGUGGUAUAGAGCCCGACGUGUUUGAGAAGACAAUUAGAUAUUUUUACGUCAAAGAACUAGAUGCGAUAGAUUUCAACAUACCGACGCUACUAGAAAUGUAUAUAACAGCUACAAACUUAGACCUAACCUUUCUUGCCUGGGACCUCUCUGCUAAACUUCUUGAAUGUCCAACUUUGCUCACAGAACACGACGAUCUUGUCUCCAUCUUAAAUAAAGUAUACAAAUAUGACGCGCUUGUGUGGGUACAGCAUCAACUCUCAUCCCAGGUAAACCAAAUAUUACUUGCCCUAUAUUCUUCUCCAAUACUAGUAUGCCUGGAGGAAGGACCUUUACGUGCACUAGCAAUGCACUCGAAUCAACAUGGCAACCAACGAAUGUUUAUUGACAUUAUUAUUAAAUGGGGGCUUGCUCAAUGUGGACUGCUGGGAAGCAGGAUUAGACAAUGGAGUGAAGCAGAGUUCACCUUGUUGAUGGCAACUAUUGGAGAUAUAAUUGCUGCUAAUCUGUAUUUUGUUGAAUAUCCGUGGAGUUAUGCCCAUUCGAAACUGUUGCCUAUAAAAAAGUUGGUGUGGGAAGGUUCACUGCAUGUCAUAAAAGAUUCAGAAGGACAAGAGAAUGCACGAUCAAGCAUCCAAUGCACGUCGAAAUUUUUUGAUCCGAUAACUCCUGCAGCAAACGAAUAUUUACAGGAAAAGAUGGAAACGUUCAAAGAGUUGUUCGAACAAGAGACGAGAAAAUCGAGUUUGUUUGAAAAAGUGAAAAGCUUUUUCAAAAGGUUACGAGAAUCCGAUCGAAAUUCGCAUUUAUAUAUGGCUCCUGCCCAACUGGUAUUAAAGUUUCAUAAGCGACCUGAGAAUAACAAGUCAUUUUCUGGUUUUUAUUCUCAACAAGAUAAGAGCGAGACGCCGUGUCUCGUCACUAUGGUAACGUCGGAGAGAAUUUACGCCAUAUUCUUCCCGUCUGGUAUCGAUCUGGAUGUGAUCAAGUUUGUGAUAUACUUGAUGAAAUGUAACAUUGGACCGUUUAUGGACGCGUGGAAAUUGAGCAAUAACACGAGAAGUAAAAAGAACAAAAAGCAGGAUCGCUGUGCAUAUACGACUGCCUGGGAAGUAUGCAAUUACAAUAAAGUGUGUGAGAAUUGGAUAUCGGACAAUGCGCACGUAUAUGGAGUUACAAAGAGUAUUUGCAGAAAAAAGUCUUUGAAAGACAUCGAGGCAGCAUUGGAAGGUAGUGACUUUAGAGUUUACGACAUUAUAAGGAAGAAAAUAGAAGUCGGUGUUAUGGAGUAA